AAACAAGGGUAGAGAGGGAAACAGGAACAGAAAGUGAAGACUUGUCAAGAUGUCUUGGUGAGGGGGACCAGAACAGAGCAGAAGCCACAUGCCAAAACAGAAACAACAGAAGUUUGAGCAGCUGACUGGAUUAGACAGGAGGGGAGAGCUGACCUGCCGCUUCACUAGUGCCUGCAGGAACCACCCAGAUUGAGCCACCUCUCUACCACUUGAUUAAACUAAACUAAAAGCCAACAGGCAAGUGGACGAGAGACGACAAAGAGUGAGAAAAGAGCGACUGGAAUGUCAAGCAUCAUAAACAAACUUGACUACGUAUGGAUUUUGGCUUUUUGCUCCUGCAUCAAGAUCAGAAUCAUCACAACUGGGCAAAUUUAAAGUGAACCUUGUUAUAAACAAAUGAGCUUUUGGUCUCUGGGAUUUGUUUAAAGAAUGCUUUGGCUUUGAAACCACUCACAGGACACUUUAAAGGAAGGAGGCAUAUAUGAAGUCACCCCAUAUGCUUUUAGUGUUUCCAUUUAGCAUAAACAACACAAUUCUGAGUGCAUAAUCAAGCCUCAUAGACUUUGAUCAUUAAAAGUAGAAAUAUAUGACCUGACAGCUGCUGGAUUGGUGGAUGUUUGAUGAAUAGUGAGAGACAAAACUUCAAACCUUCCUACUUUAAAGCUGGAACCAGAUUACGUUAAAAGACUUUUAUCUCAAAUUAACACCAUAUCUUAAUUGUUUUGGCCUUACUGACUAAAAACUUCACAGUCCUCCAAAGGAUUUAUUAAAUCUUUACAGCUACCACACAGACUCAGUUAAAAGGAGCCACACGUGAAGGCCAUGGAUAGUAAAAUAGACAGCAUCCAGGAUUUUUUCAACCAACUUUGGAGAGUUGCAACAGACAAACACAACCAGGGGGUCUACAACACAGUCUGCCUGGUCGUCCUCCUCACUCUUCCUCUACUGGUCCUCCUCACGACUUUUUUGGUGUGCUGCCACUGCUGCUGUUGUCGUCAUGGCAGCAGCUGCUGUUGCUGCUGCGGCGACGGAGAUGCGACGGCAAGGUCAGAAACAAAGAAGAAAAAGAGUUCGGCCAAAACUGAAGAAGACUUAUGGAUCUCUGUCAAGACAGGCCCCAUGACACCCGACACAGUCGCCCUGGCUAUGGUGUAGGGAGAGAUUUUUCCUUUUGAUCUUGAUGGAACCCACUGACAGUAUGAGAAGAGAAGUGGACAUUUCCACGGUUACAUCACCCAUUGGUUUGUGGAGCACUAUUUUGAAGCCUUUGGCAUUAUUGGGGUUGCCAUCUUGGUUUUAUGGAGCCAGAAGUGACCAUAUUUGGACAAGAGGGGAGCUGGGGAGGAUACACAUUACUAUGUCCCUCUCCUGACUGCAUCUGAGAACCAGAGAACAUGCCGUGGUAGUGACUUGUCAAUAGUAAGCUAGCCAGGCCCUAAAGCAAACCCUGCUUCAUUGUCAGUGGAUGAACAAUGAACAUCAUGCUGUACUGAAGAUUUAAAACAAGUGAGUGAGACCACAAACUCAUUGGGAAAUUGUUUACUGAGGGAAUAUAUCAAGUGAGAAAUGGGUUAGUUUAUACAUAUACUUACAUUCAGAAUGGCUUCAAGUUAUGUCCGCUUCUCCAUAUGCUGUCCAUGAGGGAGUGUCUCAGAAGUGUAAAACUCAAACUGGGUUGGACUCAAAGGAGGCUGCCGACAUUGUUCAAAGUUUAAAGUAACGGACAAUGUAGUGGGCACACGUCAGAAAAACCAAAACAUUGAAAUAUGUAAACAGUGUACAGAUUCUUUGUGUAUGUGGACAAAGUUUACAUCAUUUUGUAUGAGUUUUUUAGUGCGGUACAUAAAGCAAGAAAUAUGCCAGUGAGGGGCAGAGUCAGAGACAGAGAGAGAGAGAGAGAAUUUCAGUUUUACUGAGAACACUUUGUUCUUAGAGUUCCCAUGUGAAAUUUAUUGUGUCUGUAUUUGGGAGGGAGACAAUUUAAAGUCUGUCUGUAAUGCUGCCUACUUCUCACAUUCAGCCUGCAAUCGAGGUCGGUGAUUGACUCUCGCUUUCGGUGGAAGCUACUGACAUCCAAAAAGUUUAACUCACAGGUGCAGAACAAAAACUAGAACUUCUUUCAUUUUGAUUGAUAGUAGUUUUGGUUUUUGUAAGUUUAUAGUUUUCAAGUUAAAUAAGCCUCUAAAGCACAAUUUAGCAUGCAAAUGUAUAAUGAAAUCCAGCAAAUAAAACUGUGAUCUCCCCAAUUUCAUCUUUUAUUUAAAGCUAGACAAUAUCCGUAUCGAAGUGAUGUUUUCUGGGCCUGUGACAUUUUCUUUCCUUUUACUCAAACUAGAAAAGCCAGGAAUUCUAAUAACAUUUGUUUUAAUGACUUGAACUCUAAUGAAAUUUAAGAGAGCUCCUGUGGUCUCUCAGGUAGGUCAGGAGUAGAUGUGAGAUUACCUCAGUACAGAAACAGAGGUAAUGUUUGUUUCGUUUUAAGUCAUUUCCUGUUAUUUCAUCCCAGAAUAUUAUGAGUUGUUGAAUUUCACGUUAAUGUUUAAUAGAGAUCUAAAUUAAACUUCCAUUUAUUUUUUCAGAAAAAGAAAGAAAGAAAGAAACAAACAAAAAAAAAAGCAAAACAAGAAAAGAUAUUUUUAAACCACAGAUAAACACUGAGAUAGAUCCUUGUCUUUGAUUGGCUGUUCCAGCUCUGAAACAUACAUGUGAUUAAUCAUGUGUUCAGUUACAAGCUGUUCCCAAAGGUUAUUUUUACAGUAAGAAGGAGUCAAUUGAGAAAAGUGUGUUAUUGUUCACAAAUCUUUAACUCCUAAAUUGUCUUGAUAUUUUCACUGUUUAACUCUUAGAAGUCUGAUUAAUACAGUUUUGUUGCUUAAUAAUACUAAUUGAUGCAACAGCAUUUAAAUUGCAUUGAUUUAUAUUAACAAAGUUAUGUGAUUAAAAGAAUACUGAAAUUAAGUUUUGAACUGAUUCAACUUAACACACCUUUAAAAGUUCAAGUAACAAAGAGAACCCCUGCAAUAAACUAAUGAUUUGGGAUUCAAGUGGAUUAUGUCUGAAGGCUCAUUUUUCAGUGCAUGACAUCUCAAAGCCCAAUUAAGCAGAAGUGUCUCAGCAGUAUCAUCAUUUUUAUGCAUUAGCUUACACUGAGUUGAUCUUCUUGCUCAAGUGCUGCUGGGAAAACAGGCCCCACUCAUUUCAUUACUGCUCAGACAGACAGACUCCCCUGUGGAAAUCAGGGUUUGUCUCUACUGCUUCAUGUUCAAAGAGGAAAAACUGUACUUCACUGGGCUUAAUCUGAAAGCUUGCCCUGCAAAAUAAGAGCCUGCAUGAUCACUUAUAAAUUUACCAAGAAAUAAGAUCAUCUACAUGCUCAGGGGUUGGCUGAACAAGUCUUUGUGGUUUGUAUUUGUCAAAGAGAGAUUUACAGUCAGUUUCAUUACUCCUGGCAGUGACAGCAUAAAACUAAUAAACAUGGAGAUAGAUACAGGAAAGAGCAUUAUAAAGACGUUUUGGGAAAUACUUUAAUUUGCUUACUUGCUAAGAGUUAGAUGAGAAGCUUGAUAACACUGCAGCUAGUUAGCUUAGCUUAGCACAAUGACUGGAGACAGGGGGAAACAAUUAGCCUUCUCUUCCAUUUUCUGCUACUUUAUACUUCAACUAAACUCCAUUUCAUAAAGAAACAUAAUAUAUUAAUUUGAUGACAUCAAUUAAGAUUAAAUUAGUAUUUAAUAUCAAGUAUAAGUAUGUAAAGUAAAUAAAAUUAUUCUAAAAAGGGACAUUCUGCAUAUUUAGUGCUUUUUAUUUUGGUACUUUAACAAUAUCUGCAUUUUAAUACUUUAAUAGUUUUACCUCAGUAAAAAUUUGAAUGCAAGACUUGAACCAGUUAUUUCUACACUAUAAGUUGGGUAUUUCUUUGAUAGCAGUUUAUUCUGUACAAAAAGUACAGCUUCAAAAUGGAAAUUGUAGGGAUUAUGUCUUGUACUAUCUGUUGGCUCAAACCAAUUUCUACACUCCAGGAAGUAGUCCCAUACGGAUCUUUCCAGUGAAACUUCAGUGGGAAUUUCUGUAUUGAGACAUAAGAUGAUGAUUAGUGAGUUUUAGAGCUCCAUUAUGUGGAUUUGUGACCUUCAGAUGAAGCCAGGCUAGCAGUUUCCCCCUGUUUAUAGUCUUUGUGCUAGGCUAAGCUAACUAGUUGCUGGCUCCAACCACUACUUUAGACACUGACUUGAGAGCAGUAUUUGUCUUCUCAUCUAACUCCCACAUAAAUGAGCAUUGAGAAGAGAUUUAAAAGAUUAAUCUGUCUUUUCAAACUUGGAUGUUGAGCCAGAGAGGCACAUCAGGGGGGACGUCAGGCUGAGACAUCUAAAACCAAAUUGAUCCUUUAUCUUAAGCACUGUUGGCUGGUGAAAAAUAACACAUGUGAAAGUUGAUCUUGUAGAAAAGUAGACUCUUUUGUGCUUCAUUUCAUAAGUAAACAGAUUUUAUAUAAUUUCAAGGACAAAUGAAGACAGGCGGUAAAAUGAGGGUUUUCAGUUUCUCCAGAACAUGUUCAUUAAUUCAUGCAUGAAUACUGCUAAUUGUUUUGACACAUUACAUCACAGCUGCAUUCAGUUACUUGCUGCCCAUGCAUUGCCGAUCCUUUUCAUCCUUUUUCCCUUCCAUAACGCAAGGUGUUUUGAUAUCAUUGUACUAUAAAUACAUAUGAUGCAGAAAAACUGUUUGCACUAAUGAGUUCACUUUGGUUUCUGUUAACAUGUUGGCACCAUCAACGCUUUCUCUCCCAACACCUGUUUGUGUUGUUAACCCCUGACUUUGAACACAUUGUUAUUUAAUUUCUAGGGAGUUUGUCCGUCAGAUGCAGAUGUCAAAAAGUAGAGGAUAUAAAACGUAUGUUUUCCUUUUUUUCUUUCCAUUUGUCAGUUCGCCGUGAUCAGAGGGAUCUGAUUUGUCAUCUGUUUGAACAGCAAUUCCUGCAUAGUUUUCUAUAUCAUAGCGCCACAUUUUUGAUUCCCGCCCAAUUAUGCAUGACAUUGUAUAUUUAGGAUGUGUUUUUGUUGUUCCAAAGUUGAAAAAAAAAAUGCUGAGGCGAUUCUUCUUCUAUUAUAUGCCUGGCUGGGCUUUGGUGUUAGCUCUGCAUGCAUAAUUUAUCCUGAUAUGUGGAGACACGGUGAUGAAGGAGAGCACAAUGUGAAAGAUGACAAGGAGAGAAAUAAAGUAUUUUUUUAAUCUUUG